GUGACUAGUGCCCACUACCCCCUUCCAGGCAGCACCUGUUCUUUUGGCCGAGUGUGUAGUUUGCUUACCAGCAGGGUAGCUAGCUAGCAACCAUUGCUGGAUCAUUGACAUUGGACCGUCUGUCUACUUGAGUAGCUUGUAAACAAGUUGGCAUAUUGCUUGCUUUGGCUUUUUUUGGUCGGUCCCUCAACGCGUGACAUGCCGGUGUUUGUAGAAGACCCCGCUCAGUUCUCCAAGCCAAGACUGAAGUCGGAGUUGAUAGCCCACAAUGUCACACUACCUGCGGCAGAGAACAAGAAGCAAGUCUACGUGGAACUAUAUUUGAAACACAUCAGUCAGAAAAAUGUUGCAGAUUUCUCUAGCGAUGAGGAAGAUGACCAGCAAGAUGUUGUGGAAAUACAAGACAGCCAGGACUGUGUGAGUAAUACUGAUGGGUCGUUCGCGAACGAACGGCUCUUUUUGGUGAACAUGGGACCGAAUGGCAUCAGUGAAAAAGCCGUUAAUUUGGCUCCCUGAUUUGCAUAUUGCUACUACUGUUUUUAAAAUAAUAAUGCCGUUUAGCAGACGCUUUUAUCCAAAGCGACUUAGUCAUGUGCGCAUACAUUUUUACGUAUCGGUGGUCCCGGGGAUCGAACCCACUACCCUGGCGUUACAAGCGCCAUGCUCUACCAAUUGAGCUACAGAUGACCACAACUCAAAAACAACGUUUUUCUGCAGAUAAGUUACAAACUAAUUCUCUGAAGAUGGUGAAUCCUCACUGCAGAAACAAAUAGUAGAGAGAGCGUGUCAAUCUGGUGCACACUGAUUUUAAGUGCAUAGAAAAAAUAAAUGUAUUUGAACGCGCAUGUCACGAUUGGACAUAAUGGUAGCCAACCCUUUUGGCUUUACAUUAAAUACUGUAUGUGCAAUUUUUUCAUGGUUCUAGGUCGAUUUGUAAGUAUUUUGGUCGAAGAGUCGUUUGGGAGUUAGCCUGCUAUUUUACUUGAACAGAGCCAAAACGAAUGCCCAUAGUAAGUAGAGCUGUCAUGUCUAUAGGACAACUAAUUAUUUGUAAGUGAAUGGCUUUACUGCUCCUCAAGUCUUGAGGAUCAAGCCAACACAAUUUUAUAUAUAUUGUUGCAGAUUUGUGUUCUUCUGAUCUGGAUCAAAUGAUCUUUCUAUAUCCAGUCCUCACAAUCUAUUUGGGAAUAGCAAUCAAAACCAUAUGCACACUUAUCAGUGUUUAUUAUUGUGUCCCCCCUCCCCUCUUCAGAGUCAUUACCCCAUUAAUUGACGCUAACUACUUUAGCGCCUAUUGACGAUAGUAUCUUCUGACCGGGGGAGUUUUGUUAAGAGCCCUGAAGCUUACUCUAAACAUUAACACGCAUCGCUUGCGGUAGUGUUUUGGAAACAUAAGGAACGUAUCUUUCAUAUCAUAAAAAAUGUAAAUUACUACACACCUUUUAUAGGGUCAGUGUUCCCACACGUCCAUAUCUCCAUGUUACAGUGCGUGUUUACUGAAGACAGACAGCCACAUGUGCUAAUUAGCUAUCUAGCGUGCAGGGUUGGGUAGGUUACUUUCUAAAUGUAAUCCGUUAGUUACUAGUUACCUGUCAAAUCAAUCAAUCAAUUUUAUUUUAUAUAGCCCUUCUUACAUCAGCUAAUAUCUCGAAGUGCUGUACAGAAACCCAGCCUAAAACCCCAAACAGCUAGUAAUGCAGGUGUAGAAGCACGGUGGCUAGGAAAAACUCCCUAGAAAGGCGAAAACCUAGGAAGAAACCUAGAGAGGAACCAGGCUAUGAGGGGUGGCCAGUCCUCUUCUGGCUGUGCCGGGUGGAGAUUAUAACAGAACCAUGCCAAGAUGUUAAAAAAUGUUCAUAAGUGACAAGCAUGGUCAAAUAAUAAUCAGGAAUAUAUCUCAGUUGGCUUUUCAUAGCCGAUCAUUAAGAGUUGAAAACAGCAGGUCUGGGACAGGUAGGGGUUUCGUAGCCGCAGGCAGAACAGUUGAAACUGGAAUGGCAGCAAGGCCAGGCGGACUGGGGACAGCAAGGUGUCAUCAUGCCCGGUAGUCCUGACGUAUGGUCCUAGGGCUCAGGUUCUCAGAGAGAAAGAGAGAACGAGAGAAUUAGAGAGAGCAUACUUAAAUUCACACAGGACACUGGAUAAGACAGGAGAAGUACUCCAGGUAUAACCAACUAACCCCAGCCCCCCGACACAUAAACUACUGCAGCAUAAAUACUGGAGGCUGAGACAGGAGCGGUCCGGAGACACUGUGGCCCCAUCCGAAGAAACCCCCGGACAGGGCCAAACAGGAAGGAUAUAACCCCACCCACUCCGCCAAAGCACAGCCCCCGCACCACUAGAGGGAUAUCCCCAACCACCAACUUACAAUCCUGAGACAAGGCCGAGUAUAGCCCACAGAGGUCUCCACCACAGCACAAACCAAGGGGGGGGGCGCCAACCCAAAUUGAUUACAUGUAGUCAGUUACUCCCCAGCCCAGCUAGCAUGCCAAAGAACACCAGUGUGUAAGCUAACUGGGCAGGAAGUGUAGUUCGUCAACUGGAGGCACACACAGUGUAUGGAUCUGUGCAAAACUGCUACAGUAAGUGUAUCUUUUUUAUUUGAAAGAUUAUUUCUCGCUGACAUGAAAGAUAAGGGACACAUCAGCAUAUGUUUUGGAAAACCGCUUCAAAAGCGAUGAUUAUUGACAUUUCUAAACGUUAAAACCCAGCAUCAGAAUUGUAGUUUACACUGAGCCAAAUGUGGCGACUGUAAUGGCUGAAAACCCUACAUACGGAGAAGUGUUUUCGAGAGCUACAGUCAUGUGCUCACCGAAGUAUGUUCAAAUGGUUUUAGCUUAGCUACUACUAUACUAUACUGUACUAAAAUGUUGUAUGCAGUGUUUAAGUAACGAUUUCAUGGUUUAUGGGACAGAUCUUCUGGUAAAUUAAGUUAAACAUGUUAUUGAUACUGUCCCGGGGUGACUGCCUAAAGUAAAGGGUGCACACAGGGUGGCAUGCAGCUGUUGUAGCCCCAUAUCAACUGAUACCCUGAACUCUGCAAGGUCAGCUAUAUAGUUGGCCUAGCUGACUGGACUGCAGGGAGGGGCCCAUGGAGGGGGUGAGGGGAGUGGGUCGGGGGUGGCUGUCUUCCAGAACUGGGUUGCCAAUGGCAUGCCAUCAUUCAGUGUGGUUUCACACUUAGGUAGAGCUUAAUGCUUUACUGCACUACCCCCCAGACGGUUGUAUUUCUAUAUUUACAUUUGAGAAUGUAUUGCAGAGAAGGAUUGCCCACAGGGACAUUAGUCAUGCUGAUCACUUCUUCUCACACCUGUUUUAUAUACACUCACUGAUCAGUUUAUUAGGUACACCAACCAUCUAGUACCGGGUCGGACCUACCUUUGCCUCCAGAACAGCCUGAAUUUUUCAGGGGGAUUCUACUAGGUGUUUGAAACAUUCCACAGGGAUGUUGGUCCAUGCUGACGCGAUGGCAUCACGCAGUUGCUGCAUAUUGGACGACGGUACAUUCAUGCUGCGAACAGCCUGUUCCAUCUCAUCUCAAAGAUGCUCUAUUGGGUUGAGGUCUGGGGACUGCGCAGGCCACUCAAGUAAACUGAACUCGCUGUCAUGUUCCAGGCAAAGUUUUUCCACUCAAUUGUCCAGUGUUGGUAAUCACAUGCCCAUUGGAGGUGCUUCUUCUUGUUUUUAGCUGAUCGGAGUGGAACCCAGUGUGGUCGUCUGCUGCAAUAGCCCAUCCGUGACAAGGAUCAACGAGUUGUACGUUCCGAGGUGCCGUUCUGCACACCACUGUUGUACUGUGCUGUUAUUUGUCUGUUUGUGGCCCCCCUGUUAGUUUGCACGAUUCUUGCCAUUUUCCUUCGGCCUCUCUCAUCAACAAGCUGUUUCCUGCUCACAGGACUGCCGCUGACUGGAUGUUUUUUGUUUGUCGCACCAUUCUCAGUAAGCCCUAGACACUGUCGUGCGUGAAAAGCCCAGGAGGGCGGCUGUUUCUGAGAUACUGGAUCCGGCGCGCCUGGCACCGACGAUCAUACUACACUCAAAGUCGCUUAGGUCACUCCUAACGUUGAAUCGAACUGUAACUGAAUGCCUCAAUGCCCGUCUGCCUGAUUUAUAUAGCAAGCCAUGGCCACGUGACUCACUGUCUGUAGGAGCGAUCCAUUUUGUGAACGGGGUGGUGUAUCUAAUAAACUGUUCAGUGAGUGUAUAUGGGCUCGGUUUUGCUCGAACUCAUGCUUGGAUGCUUUCAAAGGCUGGACCUGAUUUGUCGUCUUUGCAACUUACAAUACGUCAGCUAGCCUGUCAAUGAAUGGAUAUGAACACUGAAUUAUUUCCUGAAUAAGGGCUAGCACCAAGCCUUAUGUAUAAGCUGCAUUGUAGACAAAACAGGGUGACUUCUAUAGAAGCUGUAUAGGAGGUGGAAUUUGAAAUGCUGUAAAACCAGCACUUUGUGCAACUUUCUCUUGUAUUGAUUUAUUAAUGUUCUGCUGUAACAGCUAGCUUAUUAUCUUGACGUUUUGAUCACCAUUCAAUUGUCCUUAUUUUCAUUAUUCAUGAUUGUGUCUAGCAUUAUAAUCAACAUGACUGUGUUUACCCUGUCCAGUUAGUCCUGCUCAGUGGUCUGAAAUGAAUUUUUAAGAGAGACUUCUCAGUUAUGGUAAAACUUGUGUCAAGGGAUUUCCAUGUGUUUCAUCAUACAGUGAGGGAAAAAAGUAUUUGAUCCCCUGCUGAUUUUGUACGUUUGCCCACUGACAAAGAAAUGAUCAGUCUAUAAUUUUAAUGGUAGGUUUAUUUGAACAGUGAGAGACAGAAUAACAACAACAAAAUCCAAAAAAACGCAUGUCAAAAAUGUUAGAAAUUGAUUUGCAUUUUAAUGAGGGAAAUAAGUAUUUGACCCUCUCUCAAUCAGAGAGAUUUCUGGCUCCCAGGUGUCUUUUAUACAGGUAACGAGCUGAGAUUAGGAGCACACUCUUAAAGGGAGUGCUCCUAAUCUCAGCUUGUUACCUGUAUAAAAGACACCUGUCCACAGAAGCAAUCAAUCAAUCAGAUUCCAAACUCUCCACCAUGGUCAAGACCAAAGAGCUCUCCAAGGAUGUCAGGGACAAUAAUAAUAAUAAUAAUAUGCCAUUUAGCAGACGGUUUUAUCCAAAGCGACUUAAAUUCAUGCGUGCAUACAUUAUUUUUUUGUGUAUGGGUGGUCCCGGGGAUCGAACCCACUACCUUGGCGUUACAAGCGCCGUGCUCUACCAGCUGAGCUACAGAGGACCACAAAAAACAUCCAGUCAGCGGCAGUCCUGUGAGCAGGAAACAGCUUGUUGAUGAGAGAGGCCGAAGGAAAAUGGCAAGAAUCGUGCAAACUAACAGGGGGGCUACAAACAGACAAAUAACAGCACAGUACAACAGUGGUGUGCAGAACGGCACCUCGGAACGUACAACUCGUUGAUCCUUGUCACGGAUGGGCUAUUGCAGCAGACGACGACACUGGGUUCCACUCCGCAAGAUUGUAGACCUACACAAGGCUGGAAUGGGCUACAAGACCAUCGCCAAGCAGCUUGGUGAGAAGGUGACAACAGUUGCUGCGAUUAUUCGCAAAUGGAAGAAACACAAAAGAACUGUCAAUCUCCCUCGGCCUGGGGCUCCAUGCAAGAUCUCACCUCAUGGAGUUGCAAUGAUCAUGAGAACGGUGAGGAAUCAGCCCAGAACUACACGGGAGGAUCUUGUCAAUGAUCUCAAGGCAGCUGGGACCAUAGUCACCACGAAAACAAUUGGUAACACACUACGCCGUGAAGGACUGAAAUCCUGCAGCGCCCGCAAGGUCCCCCUGCUCAAGAAAGCACAUAUACAGGCCCGUCUGAAGUUUGCCAAUGAACAUCUGAAUGAUUCAGAGGAGAACUGGCUGAAAGGGUUGUGGUCAGAUGAGACCAAAAUCGAGCUCUUUGGCAUCAACUCAACUCGCUGUGUUUGGAGGAGGAGGAAUGCUGCCUAUGACCCCAAGAACACCAUCCCCACCGUCAAACAUGGAGGUGGAAACAUUAUGCUUUGGGGGUGUUUUUCUGCUAAGGGGACAGGACCACUUCACCGCAUCAAAGGGACGAUGGACAGGGCCAUGUACCGUCAAAUCUUGGGUGAGAACCUCCUUCCCUCAGCCAGGGCAUUGAAAAUGGGCCGUGGAUGGGUAUUCCAGCAUGACAAUGACCCAAAACACAUGGCCAAGGCAACAAAGGAGUGGCUCAAGAAGAAGCACAUUAAGGUCCUGGAGUGGCCUAGCCAGUCUCCAGACCUUAAUCCCAUAGAAAAUCUGGGGAGGGAGCUGAAGGUUCGAGUUGCCAAACGUCAGCCUCAACCUUAAUGACUUGGAGAAGAUCUGCAAAAAGGAGUGGGUCAAAAUCCCUCCUGAGAUGUGUACUAACCUGGUGGCCAACUACAAGAAACGUUUGACCUCUGUGAUUGCCAACAAGGGUUUUGCCACCAAGUACUAAGUCAUGUUUUGCAGAGGGGUCAAAUACUUAUUUGCCCUCACUGUACCUGGUCAUUUCCUGUCCCCACAGGAAGAAGAAGAUAAGGAAGAUCCAGAGAUGACCGACCCCUGUGGACUUACGGAUGAUGAACUGAAGGCCACACUGCUCAAAUAUGGAGUCGAAGCUGGACCCAUUGUAGGUGAGACUACUAAAGACUACACUUAUUAAAGACGUUACAUUAAAGCAGCAAUCAAGUUGAAACAAAAAAGCUAAGUGAUGGGGCUGGAGAAAUGUUACCACUCUCAAAUUCAUAGACAGAGCUAUGGAUGCAAGGACUGACCAUCCAAGAUAUCAAAAUGAUAGUUUUAACCAUGUUUUGAGGCUAUGCAGUGUUUGUUUGCUUUGAUUACAAACAUUGGAGUAAAACAAGCUUAUAUUUUGGGUUCUGAUGGGGUAAGAUAGUUUGAACUAAAGUAAUGAGGAAUUUAGAAGUUAUAUUCUUCAAAAAUCAAUGGGUAGUCCAAAAAUGUAUGUAGCUACUGAAAAUUGCCUCCUUUUAAUAUCUGUAUUUGAUUUGUAUGCACUUGCUAAUAAAACAUAUCCAUAUGGUACUUUGUACAAUGUCUUUAGUUUUAAAUUGAUCUGUUUGUGAUAGCCACCACCAGGUCUAUCUAUGAGAGGAAGCUGCAAAGGCUACUAGAACCUGCCCAGCCCAGACAGAACGGGGGCACAGGAGAUGCAGACCAGUACUCUGACAGUGAAGAAGGGGAGGAGGAGUGGGGUAUAAUCAUUCAGAUUUGUCACUGCCAUUUGUGAUAUACAGACACCGAUGUGGAUUCUGUAUACUAAAAUGGAUGACAAAACGGUGUCCUCAAACAAGGAUGUGUUUACCUCUGAUUCUGUAGGUUCAGAACAAGGAAGACCAGAGACUGUUUCAUUAGUGGAGGAAUAUCAGCAUGCUAAUGAACAGGUGAGUGCAUUCAUACUAUGAUCUUAUUUUGAGACCCUGACCAAAGAAUAGCACAUUUCCUAUGCAGCUAUGUCGUUGUCCUCAAGUAAUGAAAAGAUGUUGCCUGCAGUGCCAAUUUGUGACAGUAGUUAGGUAUUUCUGUGCCUGGGUUCUAAUGCAAACUGUUCAGUCACAAAGUCAAAAUAAGUUGUUAUAUUUUAGGAGUUGUUCUCAGCUCAGUUAUUCCUUACUUUUAACAGAUGGAACGACACUCUCUGAAUAAUAAAAAAGCUGAAUAUCAUUAUAAUCAGUGUUUUAUGCCAUCGUCCAGAAUGGUAAAUCUGUCAACUACUUAGACCACCAGCACCCUUAUUUAUGAAUUAUUCACACAUUUAAAAUGGGUGAUGGAAUUAUUUCUGGAGUGUGAUGCUUUUGUGUAAUGGGAUAAUAAUUAUGCUACCUGGCAGUGGGUUUGGAGAGUUCCGGGCCGCUAUGAAUUCAAUCCCAAGAGGAAUGCAGGGAAUCAUGGGAAUGUGGCUGAGUCUUCCAUAACAGCAGAGGGGGGGCACCGGGGGCAGUUGCCCCCAUCGCCUGUUACCCCUGGGCACGGAGUUGGGCUGAGCAGAACAUCCUCUCUGCUAGGACAUACCACAGGAUCAGUGGCAACUCUUUUAGAAAAACUCACUGAACUCUUCAAUGGGAAUGGGAUCUCUGCUCUUCUACUUGCAAUUAUUUUCCUCUUGAAUCUGCACAGUAUGCUCUCUUCUCACACUCUAAAGCUGGUGCAUAUUUUGGGUUUUAAGGGACAACUUAAGGGAUCAAGCAAGCUGUUGGAGCAUAUUUUUGGAUGUCCUGUUAUUGGCUGUGGCUCUGAAAAACAGUCUUACUUUUAACCAUGCAGGUACAGCCUCCGUCUGUAUCUUUGGGAGGCGGUCGUGAUGAUUCCUCCUAUUCCUCUUCUCAGAGCUUCAGUAUUACUGAGAUGGUAGAAGAGGGAAGUUUGUUUUGAUCUGGUUUUUGUUAUCUAAUCUUGACGAUCACAUCAACAACCUAAAUAUCUAAUCCCACAAAAGUGAUGACCAAUGAGUGAUAUGCUUUAUUUACGUUUUCCUCUGGAACCACAGAUUGAGAGUCGAAGCCCUCUCUCCAGUAGUAGAACACAGAAGCACAAUGGGAGUAAUAUUCCGGGACCUUGGCCAAGGCCCCACCGGGUCAGUAGUACUCACAAACACUUCAGUAAUCUUAUCAGUGACAAGCUGUUGUUGGUGGUGGUUACAGGGUGGAUGUGAUUCACUGGGCUGUGGUUAUCUGAGCGUGUGAGUAGAGGGGGAUGUGGAGUAUACAUUUAAUGAGUUGUUUCUCACUUCUUCUAGCAGGACAUGGCGAUGGUGGACAAGUAUACCAUGACUAACCGAUCACCUUGCGUCACCCCAAAUACCUCCUUUUUCAAACAGCAUAUCAAGGCACUUACAUUAGCUUGUUUACUUGUCUUUCAGAUUCAUUCCCAUCUUUUCACUCUUUCAACAGUUCAUACAGUAGAGGUAUGGUGUAUAUGCAGGUCUACACUCUAUACUUUAUUAUCCGGUUAAUGGUUUUGCCGUCACUAUGUCAGUUUGAUUGGGUUGUUCAUGUAUACAACCAAGCUAGUGGUUUAAACAAAGUGUUCAUUCAUACCUAAAUUUAAUGUUUUACUAAGAAAAGGUUUGGGGAAAAUGUGUCUUCAGGACUUUGAACCCAAGGUCUUGCACAAUAAGGACUUUCCCCUAACCUUUUAUCUCUUUGCCAUUCCACCUGAUCUGAUUUAAGAUGGUGAGGACACUGGUAGUGUGGACGUUUCUCUUUCCUCUCAUCUGUUUUGGUUUGGGUCAGACAGUCUGAUUUGUGGCUCUAUAUGUUUCUCUUCUUAAGGAGCCGGCCACAGAUGUCCUGAUGGAGAUGUUCCCGGAGACAGAACCCACACGCACUGGCAUUGCGUAAGUCCAGUUUCCAUAAAACAACACUACACAUAAAGAAGACUAAGGUAGCCAUCUCUCAGGUUAAAUAAGGCUAUGUCCCAGUGACUUUUUUGGUUUCUGCUUACUGAGGCUACAUAGAUUCCAUAUUCUCAUACUAUUUGCCUACCUUUUAUGUGGCUAAUUUUCCUCUUUCUUCCAGUGCCACCCGUCGGAGGCCUAUCAAGGGUGCAGCGGGGCGACCAGUCCAGUUUAAAUACCCAGACUUCCCUGCCAGUCCCAUGACCCUACAGAGACAGGCAGUGGAGUGCCGCCUGGUGCCUCUGUGGGUCCAGAUCCUGGUCUUCCUCAUCUUGACUUGCCUCCUCUACCUCAUCUACGCUGCCAUGGAGCACAGCUCGGACCAUCCCUUUGUGGCCUUGCUGGACAACCUCAGUAUGGGGAUGGAGACUGAGGGGCUGUCGCUCCAGGCUGACCCCUAGGACUUGUCUGUACACCCUCUCUAGGGAGGAGUAACUCCCCUGCUCUAGGUCUGUGUCCUGAUUUUCCACCCUUCUCCUAAAGGGAGAAAUCCUUUCCUUCAUGGAUUUAAUAAUGGAUAAAACUUCAUCCAGCCAAAGCUUAUACACAUCCUAAGCUUUCAAAUCCAUGAUGAGAAGUAGUGCACACUUCGGUAAAAGGAUGGACAAUCGGGAUACUCCACAAAUUGGUUUACAGUUGUGAGGAACUUCAUUUGGUCACCGUAAUUCACCUUUACACUCUGGAUGAUGUCACUCUUAACCAAGCAAGGUAGCCAGUACAACCAUGUUGGUUGGAAAAUGUUUAGGUGAAACUACUGUUCAAAUAUAUACAGUGAUGGUGGAAGUGCAGAAAAUAAAAUGAGAUUUGUGUAACUUAAUGGAAGAUUUUUUGUAUUUAAUUAAAAGUAUGUAUCAAUGAAAAAUGAAUGGAAUUACAGCUACAAUUUACAAGUUGGUUUGGUUGGGGUUAUCAAAGUCCAGUCUGUUUUAGAGCUCACCAAAGAUGUGGUUAUGGAAAGUAUUCUCAUGUUUUAAAGUUUUUGAGCACUGAAAUGUCAAACUAAUAAGAACUAUAUAUUUUGUGAAUACUCAUUACCUUUUUUGAACCUAUCUGUAAUUUUUAACAUUUCUGUUGGGUGUGAAACAGCUACUUUUAACCAAAAAUGUCAGGGAAUUCAGUGUUUUUUCAAGAGUUGCUUUUGUGUUGUUUUGAGUUAUUUUGAAUAAAGAGAUUUGUUUCAUUUGGACAUGGUCCCUUAAAUGAAUAUCAAA